AGCCUACCUAACGUGGUUUUCCCACCACAAUUCAACGGCAAUAUCUGUAAAUUGCUCAGUGUCGCCAUGAAGUCACUUUCCUACAUUGGCCUAGAUGUGUGUACUUUCAUACUAAAUUGACGUCGUAACGUGAUCCGCCGCGCAUCAAAGAAUACAAUUUUCUUCCCCGGGCUUUAGAAACCAAGGACUUUAGAACCUCUCAAACCGUCAUUGAUGGGUAAGUAGGGUCUCCUUUGUCCCACCGGGUGAAUGUUUACCACUCCUUGCGAGUGGGUGUGCCGUCAUUACAGCGAGCCGCGACUGGGGCCCGUGUGGAAGAUGUCCGAAGUCGCCAUUCUACUAACCCACAAACCCCCCAAUGCCACAAUGGAGAAGAGGAGAAGAAUCGGGUCUUCGUCUGCGAUAUGUAUUCACGCCUAUUCGUCGCCCCGGGUUGAGCAUCCCUUAUCUCCAUGGGGAAAAUCUUGAAGCGGACGCGCUCCCACGGGGGGAAAACGCAUCCCCGAGAAGCGUUUCGGCUUCGUCGGGUCCCCUGCGGGUGCCCAGAAUUUUUCCAAGGAAACGCCUUGGAUGAUUGGACCGCGGCGGGAAUGGCUAAGAGCCGCAUCGUUAUUGCCGGCAUGGUUUCGGUCGAUCACCGCCAACGACCCCAAGACGCCAGCAGCCGUUCUCCAGUUCUCAACCCGCGAGCCCCAGCAUGCUGACUCCGGACUAUGGGGCGUGGAAGAUUCAGACUAUGGAGAUGGGCCGAAUACUUUAGGGGACGACUGUGGCCUUGACUUUUCUCACAAUUUUCACAUCCUGUCAAUCCCCCCACUGACUUCUGUCUCGUCCCCUUUCCUCGCUCCCCAUCUCGUUACACCACUCGUCAUCUCAACAAGCCACGACAUCAGACGGCCAUGGGGAUUCUGGCAGUCGUCGAAGAACGGCCGACGCCGCCGUCGGUCUACAACUGGCGCAUAUACGCCCUGGCGUGCAUCGCAUCCUGCGGAUCCUGUAUGAUCGGGUACACGAGCGCCUUCAUCGGGACAACCGUCGCGCUCGACUCCUUCAAGAGCGAAUUCGGCCUCGACAGGUUGUCGACGACGGAAAGAAACCUGAUCAGCGAGAACAUCGUCUCCCUUUUUGUGGCCGGCGCCUUCUUCGGCGCCUUGCUCACCUACUGCCUCAGCCACUUCAUCGGACGCAAGUGGUGCUUAGCGAUCGGUGCCACCACCUUCUCUUUGGGCGCCGGUCUGACGUGCGGCGCCAAUAGUAGUCUUGGUCUUGGUAUUCUCUAUGCUGGGCGUGUGUUCUCAGGCUUGGGAACGGGAGUUGCGUCGAACAUCAUCCCGAUCUACAUUUCAGAACUAUCGCCGCCCGCUAUUCGCGGCCGUCUCGUUGGUUUGUACGAACUUGGUUGGCAGAUAGGCGGUAUGGUGGGCUUCUGGAUCAACUACGGUGUUGAAGCACACGUACCCUCAGGCCACACCCAAUGGAUCAUUCCUUUCGCCGUCCAGUUGAUCCCCUCCGGCCUCCUUCUGCUCGGGUCGAUGUGGAUCCGGGAGUCACCCCGGUGGCUUUUCCUCAAGGACCACCGCAAAGAAGCCAUGGAGAACCUGUGCUGGAUUCGUCAGCUCGAGCCUAACGACAUCUACAUUCAAGAGGAGAUUGCCGCCAUCGACAAGAUCUAUGAGACGCAAAAAGCCACUGUCGGAGUUGGAUUCUGGCAGCCAUUCCAGGCCUUAGCUGCCCGCCCGAAACUGCAGUGGCGAUUGUUCCUAGGAUGCAUGCUGUUCUUCUGGCAAAACGGAAGUGGUAUCAACGCGAUUAACUACUACUCCCCAACCAUCUUCUCAAGCAUUGGAAUCGACUCGAACACCGUCAACCUGAUGACUGGUAUUUUCGGUGUCAUCAAGGCCAUCAUGACCUUCGUGUGGCUGCUUUUCCUCGUCGAUCAGCUUGGAAGGCGCAAACUCUUGCUGAUUGGUGCAGUAACUGGAUCGAUCUGCAUGUGGGUUAUCGGCGCAUAUGUAUGCGUCGUUGAACCGACCAAGAACCCCCAGGAUCACUUGACAGGCAGCGGCUACGCGGCCAUCGUCUUCUUCUAUCUCUGGACGGCGGUUUACACCCCGACGUGGAACGGUACUCCUUGGGUCAUCAACUCUGAAUUCUUCGACCCGAACUUCCGCUCCCUUGCCGGUGGUGCGACAACAGCUAGCAACUGGCUGUUCAACUUUCUCGUUUCGCGUUUCACGGAACAGAUGUUCGAAGCCAUGGGCUAUGGCGUCUACUUCUUCUUCGCAUCACUGUCACUCCUGGCCUUCUUCUUCGCCUUCUUUCUCAUUCCCGAGACCAGUGGAGUCCCGCUGGAGAAGAUUGAUAGGCUUUUCGAGAUCAAACCGGUGUGGAGGGCGAACGAGACAUUGAUGGCCCAGCUCAGAGACGAAGAGGUUCAGUUUCGGACUGACGCCAAGAGCGACGCCACUCACAAAGAGCAUACCGGCGGCGUCAAAGCCGGUACGGAAACGGACUCUAGCUAGUUUUAUCUCGUCGCAGGAAGGUAGACUCAAUCAAGACAAGUGACAUUCGUCUUGGAUAUCGCAAUAU